GUGCAAAUUCAGGAAAGGCCAGUUCCCAGGUAGCCACAAGCGAGACAGAUCCCUCCCCUUGCCUGUUGUCUCUGGAUGCACACUCUCUGAACUCUCAAACCAUUUUACUUCAACUCGAUCAUCUCACCCGAGUCCAACAGGCAGCGCUCAGGUAGAGGAGCCAAAUAUGAAAUUGCCACUAGGCAUCACAUUUGCACUUCUCUUGAUACUUCAGACGUUUCAACAAGUGUCCACCCAGAUACCUGAAGAAUGGCACAGAAACAGUGAUAACACGGACAACAAUGGAGAACAAUCAUUAAGUGAGGAAACGACUGCUAAAUCAAGUAAGGAAGACGCACAAAGCAACGAGGAUGCACAAGACAAACCAGAGAACAGUUCAGAAAAUGAAGGACAAACAUUUGGCUCAAUGUUUUAUAGUCAAGGAGGAGAGCAGAACUCCACUAAAUUGGACGAAAGCCUUGAGCAGUCUGCUGAGGAAACUAGUUCUGACGGUCCCGUUGCUACAGCGCCACCUCCAAUGAUUGCGCUUAAUUCAAGUUCUGAGCUCUCAAAUACAUCAGCAGAAGUCAACAAUACAUUGACACAGGACACAGCCACAAAUACCUCCACGCCAGAGUCAGAACACACAGAUGAAUCUGCUCUCAAUCGCACCAAUACCACUCCACAACCUGAGACUACCACAGCAGAGAGCAGCCAUGAUGAAUCGGGUUCUGGAUAUUUUCCCUCGGAUGACGAACCCACCAACAGCACUACUAAAAGUCCGACCACCACAACAAAAGAUGAAAGCGUCCAGAACAAAACUACAGCGAGUCCAACCGAACCACCAGUAUACAGGACUACAACGGCAGCCAUUCUACCCACCUUCCCCAAAGACGACACGACUGCUGCCCCAGAGGAUACAGAACUAAACCAGACCGAAGCUAUUGACACCAGAGAGAAUUCUGAAAGAGGUUUAUCUUCAGAUGUUUCAGUUGGUACCGAAAGCAAGAAAGUACAAGCAUGGACCAUUGUCCUAGUUAUUGGGAUUGUAGUGGGCCUCCUGGCCUUGGCAGCAUUUGUCUUCCUGAAUCGAAGGAACAGAAGAGACUUCUCUCACAGAAAACUGGUAGAUGAGAUGUCACCUGAUCCAGUUCUAAGACUGGAUAACAGUGAGCCGCUAGACCUGAAGUUCGAUGGAUUUGGUUACUACAACCCAGGACUACAAGGAGACAACAUCCAGAUGACCAACUUUCCACAGGGACAUUCAAAAUGAGAUCAAAUCUGUGAUGCCAAAGACAUUUUAUUUAAUGUUGCACCCAUGUGAAGACAAAAGGAUGUAAUUUAGAAAUCAUUGUCGUUUUUGAAGUGAUUUGCCAAAUCGAUCACAAGGCAAUUUUACAUUACUGAACAAUCAAAACAUUUUUUUAAUGUUAAGUAGUGUCUUUUGUUUGAAUGUUUUAGACUAUCCGAAGGAACCAAAAUCUGAAGAAUAUUUCUAUACUGGGCACUUUUUGUUGGACUGUAAAGUAUUGGAUUGUAUGUCUGCUUGUAUCUGAUUAUUCGAGAAGGUUGUUUAUUUGACAUAAUUAUUGUAUAAUGUCAAAACCUGGAGAUGCAAAUGAUCAGCAUUAUGACACAACUACUCUAUGCACAGUGUGUUUGGUCUAGAAGAUUAAGAUUAUGUCAGUAAACUGGCAGAACGUCUAUUGGCUUUUUGUCAUGUUGAGUUUUCAGACACAGGCAUAAUACCUUUCCUCUGAGCCUGUAAUAUUUGACAGUUUUUUAGUUUACAAAUGUUAUGAACUAAAUAAACAUGAAUAAACAUGACAGUAGGUUCUCAGAUUACGAUAAAUAAUAAAAUGAUGAGAUAA